AUGGCGGAGACGAAGAAGGUGCUCCUGCUGGCGGCCGUGGUGGUCGGCAUGGCCAUUGCGGCGGCGCAGGGCAGCCCCAUCGCCUUCACGGAGAAGGACCUGGCGUCGGAGGCGAGCAUGUGGAAGCUGUACGAGAAGUGGCGCGGCGUGCACACGGUGUCGGCCGACCUCGCCGAGAAGAAGGCCAAGUUCGAGGUGUUCAAGAAGAACGCCAGGUACGUCCACGACUUCAACAGCCAGAAGGGCAAGCCCUACAAGCUCGGCCUCAACAGGUUCGCCGACAUGACGCUCGAGGAGUUCAAGAAGAAGCACACCGGCGCCGUCGUCAAGCCCGACGCCGCCAAGAAGCCGGCCGCCAGGAUCGCCAUGCCCAGGGUCUCCGACGCCGACCUGCCGGCCGCGUACGACUGGAGGGACUACGGAGCCGUGGCCGCCAUAAAGGACCAGGGCCAGUGCGGGAGCUGCUGGGACUUCGCCGGCACGGCGGCCGUGGAGAGCAUCAACGCCAUCGUGACGGGGAACCUGCUGACGCUGUCCGAGCAGCAGGUGCUCGACUGCUCCGGCGCCGGCGACUGCGAGAGCGGCGGGACGACGCCCGGCGUGUUCGAGUACGCCAUGGAGAACGGCAUCACCCUGCAGUGCAACUACCCACCCUACGAGGCCAUGGACGACCAGUGCAGGCUGGACCCGAGCAUGACCCCGCUGGUGAAGAUCGACGGGUACGCCGCGGUGCCGGCGAACAACGAGAAGGCGCUGAAGCGGCAGGUGUACGUGCAGCCGGUGACGGUGUACAUCGAGGCGAGCUACGACUUCCAGCUGUACACGGAGGGCGUGUUCACCGGCGACGACUGCGGGACGUACCUGGACCACGCGGUGGUGGUGGUGGGCUACGGCGUGACGCAGAGCGGCGUGCGCUACUGGAUCGUGAGGAACUCGUGGGGCGAGGGCUGGGGGGAGGGCGGCUACAUCCGCAUGAUCCGCGACGUCGACGCCAAGGAGGGCGUCUGCGGCAUCGCCAUGUACCCCUACUACCCCAUCAAGAACUGCCCCUGCGCCGCCGUCACCGGCGCCGGCAAACGCGCCGCCAAGGAUGAGCUCUGA